AUGAUCAGAGGACAAGAUCAGAUAAAAUUUGUUCAAGACUGGGAUGUACCUAGACCAACCCCACUCUCAACCCUCAUAGAAGCAAAUUUGGAAUUCAAAAGCUGUCAGGACAAAUUGAAAAAUCAAAUUAAUGAAUCAGAUAGCGUUAGACAGGAAAUCAAUGAGAAAUGGAAGGAGCUUAAUGAUAAAAAACAAAUGUUAAAAACAUUACAUUUGGAAUUUGAUAAACUGGAAAGUGAAGACAAAAAGAAUCGAGCCAAAAAAAAAUUGGAAGAUGAAAAUAAAUUGCAGGGCAAAUUAUUAGAGCAGCUACAGAGUGUAAGACAGGAAGUCCAAGAACUCGGGGCAGUCAAAAGCAAAAUGGAAGCAUAUUUGAACCAGUAUAGGAUAUUUGAGGAGUACUUGCAAUACGUAGUGGAUCACAACAGUGAGUUCAACACCGUCAACGAUAUAUUAGAGAGAUACAGAGUGUUGCGGAAUAUGCAAACUCAGUUGGAGAAAACUGUAGAGGAAGAUUUGCAGUUUAUGAUACAGUCCAGAAACGACAUUGAUGACUUGACUGAGGAAAAAUGUAACGACAUUAACGGGCUCGUCAAUCGGCUAGCGAAGGUACGAGUGAAGGCUAAAGCUGCAAGUGACAACCUUCUGUACUGGGAUACUUUGGUCACAACCAUCAAAACAUUCACUGCUGAAAAGUCUCUUGAAAUACAAAUGGUCCGAGACGCCACCUGGAGUUUGUACUUGCAGAUGUGCCGCAAACAUAAAGUUGAGGACCCAGUGGCCAAGAAUAAUUUUGAGAAGCAUAUAAGCUUCAUUUACAAAACCAUACAGCAAUAUAAACAUAUUGUUCAAAUAGCCCUAAAGAAAUCAAAGUCACCAUUUCAAUCUCAUUGUCCGAAUACAUCCGCAGUUAGUGCAAAAAAGCCAAACUUGUAAAAAGAUGAAUGGUAACUCGUUAGUUCACUAUUGGACUCUCACUGUAAGUAUAAAAUAUUGACUGAGUUCCAAGUGAAAUGAAGGAACAAACAUACUCCGCUAAUAGAUAAUCAAUUAUCGAACAGCUGAAUGUAAUUUUUAUGAAUAUUCCUACUGUUUUAUCUGGUUUUUAGGUUCUUUGUAAUGUUGUGUAGAAAUAAAAUAGAUGGUUAACAUUUUAAAAUACACACAGUAAUUUGUUCGUAAACCUGCAAUAUGGGUAUGUUAUGCACAUUGCUUAUGCUAGAGCUACCAGCCGCUUGUUGGUUUUGGGACGAGGACAGC